CUUACAAUCACUAGAAACCCACCGUUAUUGUUACUCCGUUUCUGACGAUCUGACCAUAUACUCAACCACUUCGAAGCAGGAAGCCUACCUGCGAACAGAACGGCCCCGGUUCCUAGUUUCCAAUCCCCAAGUAGUCGUGAAGAUGACCGUCAGCAUCUUGACGCGGAACAUCGGGCCUCACCUGGGAUUCUAUCCUGGGGAGUAUACCACCACCACUGUCAUGAAGCCUACUGCUAAGAGUUCAAGGAGACAGGAACCCGUAAUGCUCAGCGCUGUUGAUCUCAAACGCUUAGUGCAGCAGAUGGACGGUGUAGGCGUAGAAGAACGGGUGCGACAGAUGCAGAAGGCCGAUCGCGACCGCCGCCACGCCCUCUCCAAAACCCGCAUCGCCAACUGGACGCACACCGUCGGCGGGCAACGCAAGCAGCGGCUCCAAGCGCGCGCAGACCGCCUCGAAGCCGAAGAAGCCAAACGCGUCCGUAUCGACGAGCUGUACGCCGAGGAAGAAGCCCAACGGCGGAAAGCGAUCAUCGACCGUGCGAAGCAGAUGCAGUAUUGUGAGACGGAUUGCGUGAAGAGGUUUCAUAGCAAGGUCAUGUUGUUUGAGACGUUGCGGGAACGAGACAUGCAGUUGGAACUCAAACGCCGGAGGGUGCAAGAAGAGCGCGAACGCGAUUACAGGGAGGAUCUGGACGAGGUGCCCGUGUUCGCGCGGCCGGGGUUCAACCCUUUACAGGCGCAGAUCGAUGCGAGGGUGAGGGAUAUCGAGGUUGCGAACUGCUUGUUGGAGCAGCAGAGGGAGAAGAGGGACAGGGAGCGGGAGGAGGUUGAGCAACGCGCGGCGGCAACAAACCCCCUCUCCGAAUCCUCUGACCGCGCCUUCCAAAGCAAAGAAGCGCAAUACGCCGCCAAACGUGCAGCGCAGCGGGAGUUCAAGCACCAGUUGGACGAAUGCGCCUCCGACCGCUUGGCACACGCAGAAGCCGAGCGGCGCGCGGAGGAGGUGCGGCAGGCGAAAGCAGCAGAUUGGCGCGAGCGCAAGACGCGGCAGGUGAAUCGGAAGAAACAGUUGGAGACGGAGCGGAAGAUUAUAACCAUGCAAUCCAACCACGAAGCCGGCGAAAAGAUCGCAGCCGAGCGCGCGCUGCAGGAUGCCAAGCUCGAGGCCGCGGUCGCGAAAGCGAUGGCGGACCGGGGCGCCCGCGAAAAGCUGCAGGAGGAAAAGGAGAAGGCGAAGCGGCGCAAGCAGGGGCUGGACAUCGAGAUGAGUUAUAGGGAGCAGAAAGCACGCGAAAAAGCAACCCAUGCCGCGCAACAGGUCGAAGACGCACAGGCGUUACAGACCUACCUCCAAAUCCAAGCCGCGACGCUUGCCGAGCGCGCACGCCUGCAGGAGGAGCGCAGGGAGAAGGCGAGGGUCGUGCAGGAGGAAAAUCUGAAGACUUCGGCCGACCACACCGCCUACGCCCAACUCGCCCACACCACCUCCCUCACCGACCGCCAAACGCUCGAAGCCCUCACAUCCCUCGACGACACGCACCUCCACGCCUACAUGCAGUCCCUCGCCUCCGAACCCUGGGCGCAGCCCAACACCCGAUUGCAGACCUACGUGCGCGUCGAGACCGAUCCUAACCGCCGGGCUCUGCAAUCAACACAUGUGAGCGGGUGGAUGGAUACGGGACGGAGGUUGGGGUUGACUACUCGGGUUGAUCGGGAACGGGCCGGAAAGGGUACGGGAGAGAUAGGGGGGUUGGAAGUACGCGGGUCAGCGGCGGAUGUCGCUGGGAGCGCAUCACACGCGAUCUCGCACCCCGAGACGCCCGCGGCUAGCCGCCCGCAGAGCUGCGCCAAGGUCGUGAAGGGCGGUGUGAGCGGGGGUGUGAGGCGUGAGACGGGGAGUCGGCCGACGAGCAGUUUGUCGCUUUCGGGUGCUAAAGCCGGUGGCGGGGAGGAGGGGUUGCAGUUGCCUAUGUUGCCUGUGCGGAAAUGAUGCCCUGGACAUCGAUGAUGUGAAGUUCCGCCCUAAUGUGUG